UCGAAGAAGCUCGUUCCGGAAACUGCACCGGAAAAUACAGGUCGUUCUACAAAACUCCGACUUCGUUUUUUAAAAACACAGAUAUAGCGGACACGCAUAAUGGAUCAUUACUUCUGGGAACUGUACCAAGUUAUAUCCAAUGAAAUGAAGUAAUUCAUUAAUGACCGAAUCGGAGCUGCACUUCUGCACACCUUUGAGCAGCAGUAUGAUGCAGGCAGGAGUCUGUCUGAAACAGGACACUGAGACAACACUACCAGAGCUCACUGAGCAGCACAGGAUCAGACCGAAAGAAGAGGAACUCAGUGGACUGGAGUCUGUCCACAUGGCAGAGUCAGAGACAGAGUGUGCUGCACCAGGACUCAACACAUUGGAGCCAGAGUGUGUUACAGCACACAGCGGGGUCAGUGAUGUACAUCACACAAACACAUCACUGAUUAAAACAGAAACUGAUCUGGGCACCGCCUACAUUGGGGAUUUUAUUAAGACCGAGAGCCUCGACAGGGCAGAGCUGGGAUGUGUAACCCAUCUGCACCCUGACCAAAUCAAAACAGAGACUGAUGAUGGUGGAUAUGUUAAGGUAGAACACAUUAGUGAGUUACAGGAUAUUAAAUAUGUUCAUUUUAAAUCAGAGAAAAUCAAGUCUGAAUAUUUGGUGAGUGAUGUCAUGAACACUGUGAUGAAUGGAGGUGCUGUUGGAGAGCCAAACCAAAACUGUAAAAAUGAAGAAAUGACCCAGUGUGGGGUUUUAGAUCAUAACUGUGACAUAAACAAUGAGAAUACUCAGCCCAGAAUUGUUCUACAGAAAAGUACAAACAGAACAGAAACAGAGGUUGCAGCUACCACCAGUAAUGUCCAGAUUCUAAAUAAAGGUCCUAAAUCCCACAAUUUAGAUGAAGGCAAUAAUACCAGUGGUACCAUAGCAGAAACUUUUCUAGAUGCAUGCAAGGGUUGUCAAAAGCCAUUUCAAAGUCUACCUGCACACUUGAGAAGGUCAAAACAAUGUCAAUUACAUUAUGACAUGAAAUCUUUGCAUAAACAAGUAAUUGUGAAACACGCAGGCCAAAAAACUAUAUGGAUAGCUGCCGGACGUCAAACACUGCAAAAACAUAAGCAAACUGAGGCCACGGUAGGCCUAAACCAUGUGGAACAACCUCUACUAUAUCAGAAAGAGAAAGAGUCCACUCCAAUUGAAGUCAGUGAAAUAAGGAUGAAAGUUACAAGGAAGAGAGCGAUCCAGGGUAAUUGUGUAGAUGUCAUCGGAAAAAGUGUUUCAUCGUGUGAUGUAAAUAAAAACGCAGAAAGAGAUUGUCCCAGAACAAAUGAAACCAUAUGUAAGCAGACCAAAGAAAACCAGAAAAGAACAGAGGUUGCAGCUACCACCAGUAAUGUCCAGAUUCUAAAUAAAGGUCCUAAAUCCCACAAUUUAGAUGAAGGCAAUAAUACCAGUGGUACCAUAGCAAUAACUUUUCUAGAUGCAUGCAAGGGUUGUCAAAAGCCAUUUCAAAGGCUGAUGGCACAUUUGAGCAGAUCAAAACAAUGUCAGUUACAUUACAACAUGAAAUCUUUGCAUCAACAAGCAAUUGUGAAACGAUCACACCAAAAAAAAUGCAGAAGGUUGGACAAUGUAAAUGAAACAGAAUAGGGCAGAAUUAGGCAGUUUAGAGAUGCAGUUUAACAGGGCCCAAUACUUGCAUGUGUCUGCUGUAGGCAUAUUAGGUUUGACAAUCAAGUCCAAAAAUAUAGCAUACUCAAAAAUAGCCUUCUACUAAAUGGUUAUUCUGAAGUUAUUCUAGACAAAACUGUUGGGGAACCUCCUGUCAAGCUGCUUACAAAUGGUGAUUGUUGGAUAUGUCAUGAUUGUUGCAGGAAAAUUGCCCACAACAAAACUGCAUUUUGAGCAGGGCUGUAGGCUGACUUUUCCACUGGUGGCACUGGUGCGUCCAACUUUCUCAGGAGGUGGCACCAACAUAAGAUUCGGUCGUUUUUUUAAUUUGCUGUGCAGUAGCUUAUUCAGGACCUUAAUUCAGGGCUUUAGACUGCGCGUGAAAUGGUCGCAUAUGCAAUGUUUUUUUUGGGAAGCGCGUGUUCAUGUUUAGUGUGACUGGGGGAGAAAUCGCAUGGCAAUGCAACUAAGUAAUCCGACACCGCUAGGCCUAGUUUUUAAAAGAAGACAAUUCUCAGAAAUAAAAGAAAAAUGAAUACAGAUGAAAAUCCAUACAGGUGAAAAGCCAUUCAGGUGUACACAGUGUGAGAAGUGCUUUUCACAGAGAAGUGACUUAAAUAUCCACAUCAUGAUUCAUACAGGUGAAAAACCCUACAACUGUACUGAGUGUGGGAAGUCUUUUUCCCGAAUUACUGUUUUAAAUUAUCACAAGAUUAUUCAUUCAGGUCGAAAACCAUACAAAUGUAUUCAGUGUGGGAAGUGUUUUACAGAGAAAAAAGCUUUAAAUCGGCACAAGAGAAUUCAUACAGGUGAAAAGCCAUACAGGUGUACACACUGUGGGAAGUGUUUUUCACAGAGAAGUGCUUUAACUUGCCACAUGAUGAUUCAUACAGGUGAAAAACCCUACAAAUGUAUUGACUGUGGGAAGUGUUUUUCCCGAAUUACUGUUUUAAAUUACCACAAGAUUAUUCAUUCAGGUCAAAAGCCAUACAAAUGUACUCAGUGUGGGAAGUGUUUUACACAGAAAAAAGCUUUAAAUCGGCACAAGAUUAUUCAUACAGGUGAAAAGCCAUACAGGUGUACACAGUGUGGGAAGUGUUUUUCACAGAAAAGUUCUUUAAGUCGCCACAAGAUGAUUCAUACAGGUGAAAAACCCUACAUAUGUACAGAGUGUGGGAAGUGUUUUUCCCGAAAUAGUGUUUUAAAUGACCACAAGAUGAUUCAUUCAGGCCAAAAACUGUACACAUGUUCUGAGUGUGGGAAGUGUUUUUCACAGAAAAAAUCUUUAAAUAGCCACAAGAUUAUUCAUUCAUUUGGGAAGACAUGCAAUUAGUGUACUCUGUGUUUGGGAUGUUUUAAUGCAGAAGUACAAUUUAAAUAUUAAUGUGCAUAUGGAUUAGACUUACUGGUAUUCAGUAUGAGGUGUUUUUUAAUACAGAAUAUUCAUUAGAUACUCACCUGAGAGUUCAUUCAGAUUAACAACCUUGCCAUCAGAGAAAUGCUACAGGUGAAUAGCGCUACAAUUAUAUUCUGCUUGAGAAGUGUUUUUUUAUAAGCAAGUGCUUUAAAUUGCUACAAGAUAAGCUGAAAACUCUUACAAAGGAAAGCGCUUUGCAUGCAUUCUGUGCAAGGAUUUUCUGUGCAUCAUUUAAAUAUUUAAAUCUUGACCAAAAAUGCUUUCAAAAGGAAAGAUGUUUUCUCAUUGUUGAAAGGUUUAAAAUAUCCCAUCUGGUUUAAAUGAUACAAGUUAAAAGUAAUUCCCUUGAUAAUUUUUUAUGAAAAAAUUGUUUGGAAAAAACAAACAAUAUGAAAACUGUUUGGAUAUACUGUAGAAAGAAAUUAUGAAAAUUUGUAUGCUGAAAAUUAACUUACAAUACUGGCCUUUUUGGUCCUGCUACUGCCAAUGUAGAUGUUGUAAUGUGUAUGUGUGCUAAAGCAACUGUGUAAUUAUUCAACCUCUGACUUUGUUUUAUCAGACAUUAGUUGAGGAUCUUUGUUUCACUCUUUAUUAUUUUGUGUUGUUUAUCAAUAAUGCAUGAAAUAAUUUUACACUGUGAAUGUUCUCAGUCCAUGGCCUCUGCCAUGUAAAUAUUUGCAUAAACUCUUAUUUCCUGCAAUGUGUCAUUGCUUUCUCCUUUGCUUCCUGUGUAUAAAUGUGUAUGAAUUCCUGCUGUACAUAACUUGUAACACUGAUUUUACAAUUGUACAAAUACGUUUGACUCAUAUGGGGUGUGAAUUGUAUUAAUCAUUUUAAACAUUUUAAAUGUGUCAUAAAAUAUACACUUUUUUAUUUUUUAACAAUUAAUGUUUUUUAAAACUCAUCUGAUUCAGUUAUUCUGAGGAAUCCAUGUCAGGCUAUUAACAUUGUUAUUCUGUUUAUAUUUAGAAGAACAUUAGGAACAUGCAUUGAUAAUCACCACCAUGGUCAUAAUCAUAAACAUUGUCAUAAUACAUUAAUUAUUUUCAUUUUCUGACUUCUGGUUGGUCUACAGUAUAAAUUGUUUGUGUCAGUAUACCGAUCAAAAUACUAGUCAAGCCUUUAAGUUUGUAGCAUUAUUGAAAUUUCCGCAUAUAGCCGACUGUUCUAUAGUAUGUAACAAAGCAACUAACAAAUGUAUUAGAAGCAUAAUCCUAAGAAAUAUAACUACUGUCUCACCAACUGCUUUUUUACUGGAAUGGCCUUUAUGAGAAUAUAAACUGGAAAUGGACUUG